AUGCUUUCCGUGGUGCUCCUGGUGGUGCCACUACUUCUAGGGCCUGGCGGCACGGCCCUGGCGCUCUCCACUUGCCAAACCCUGGACCUGGAGGUGGCCCGGGCCCGGCGCGUGCAGGCCGUGCGAGGGCAAAUCCUCAGUAAGCUGCAGCUGCUGACGCCCCCCGAGGUGGUGGCAGGGGUGCCCGAACAGCCGCCCCCCGAGGUGAUGCUCCUGUACAACAGCACGCGGGAGCUGGCGCGGGAACGGGCGUCUUGCGGAGGACAGAGCACCAGCAGCAGCGAGGAAGAGGAGUACUACGCCAAGGAAGUCCGGCGCGUGGACAUGUUGCCCUCCGGGCACGCUGACAACUCCAUCGCCAGCACCCAAGCCAGCCCCUUCUUCCGCCUCCUGCGCUUCGAUGUCUCGGGUGCUGAAGCCAACCUCAGCAGCCUCAUCCAGGCCGAACUGCGGGUCUACAGGGUGCCAAACCCCCGGGCGCGGGCCACGGAGCAGCGGGUCGAGCUGUAUCAGGUGAUUCGAGCACGGGAUCCCUCUGCACCGAGCCAGCGUUACGUGGGGAGCAGGACCUUGCGGCCAACGGAUCGGGCUGAAUGGGUAUCAUUUGAUGUCACUGAUACUGUCAGUCAGUGGCUGGAUAAAAGAGAGAGAAAUUUGGGGCUCAAACUGGGCGUGCAUUGCCCCUGCUGCACGUACGUCCCUGCCGGAAACACGAUUAACCCCAACCACAGCGAGGAGCUGGACGCGCGGUUUGCAGGCCUAGAUGACGAUCUCAUCAAGGAGGCAUGGAAAGGCCGGGCACGGCCCCCAGACCUCAGUGGGAAAUCCCCCCACUUGGUCCUCACCCUGCUGCCCCCACACCGGCUAGAGCCCUCCCCAAAGGGCCGGCGGCGCAGGGCAGCCAACGCCCCCAGCUGUGCCAGGAGUACCGAUCAGGGCUGUUGCCUACGCACACUGUACAUCGAUUUCCGCAAGGAUCUGAAAUGGAAGUGGAUCCACCAGCCCAAAGGCUACAAGGCUAACUUCUGUGCCGGAAACUGCCGCUACGUUUGGAGCACAGAUACACAGUACAAUAUGGUCCUCCCUUUGUACAACAAGCUGAACCCUGAGGCCUCGGCCGCCCCUUGCUGUGUCCCCCACGAACUGGACCCCUUGACCAUCCUCUACUACGUUGGCCGCUCGCCCAAAGUGCAGCAGCUCAGCAACAUGGUCGUGAAGUCCUGCCGUUGUCGCUGAGGAGGGGUGUUGGGGGGG